GCGGGUGGGCCCCACGUCCUGAGGAUUCCCUUGGAAAUGGCCCCACGCCGGCGCUCCCGGGAAGUGGAGUGCUGUCGCCGAACUAGAGCCACGUCCCUGGGGACAGGCCCGGGCCACCGCGGUUCCAGAGCUUGGAGAGGGGCCUGCCGCCCACCUACGCGGGCUCUGGGUCCCCGGGCGCCCCCGACCUUGCCUAAACUUGAUGAGGGGCACUUAAACAACUCCCUGGGCUCUCCAGUUCAAGCCGACGUGUACUUCCCACGACUGAUAGUUCCAUUUUGUGGACACAUUAAAGGUGGCAUGAGACCAGGCAAAAAGGUGUUAGUGAUGGGCAUCGUAGACCUCAACCCAGAGAGCUUUGCCAUCAGCUUGACCUGCGGUGACUCUGAAGAUCCUCCUGCCGACGUGGCAAUCGAACUCAAAGCUGUGUUCACAGACCGGCAGCUCCUCCGGAAUUCUUGUAUAUCAGGAGAAAGGGGUGAAGAGCAGUCAGCGAUCCCUUACUUUCCAUUCAUCCCAGACCAGCCAUUUAGGGUGGAAAUUCUUUGUGAGCAUCCACGUUUCAGAGUGUUUGUGGAUGGACAUCAACUUUUUGAUUUUUACCAUCGUAUCCAAACAUUAUCUGCAAUUGACACCAUAAAGAUCAAUGGGGACCUCCAGAUCACCAAGCUUGGUUGAUGGUGUUUAAAGCACUUCUAUUUCAAAUAGGAUCAGGUGCCACAACUACACAGCUGUCUGGAAGAAAUAUCCGAGCAAGAUCUGGAGACUUAAAAAGACAAAGAAAACAAAAACAAAAGGCGAGCUUCACGUCUCUUUCUGUGCAGUUUAAGUACAGAAUGGCAACUUGACCUGUGGUUUGCCCAGAGGAAGAAUGCUGGCAGCUCAUCGAGCCAUUAUUCCCAGAACAAAGUCAUACAUUUAUGCUGGAUUCCAUUCAGACUAAACGCACAUGGAUUUGUGAUGAUUUGUAAUUUAGUAGCAAAUUAUUCUUCAUUUCAAAGCAAAGUGAUAUUCAGAAACAAAAGUGCUAAAGACCUUAAAAACAACAACGGUACAGCAAAUCAAUGCAUUUCUACACUGAAGUGGAUUGCGUAGCACAACCAACAUUUUAGUCAGGGUAUUUACAUAGAAUGUAGAUUGUACAAGGUUUGGUUUUUGUUUUGUUUUGCACAGCAUAAUGUUAACUCAGAUUUUUUUAAAAGCUUUCUCGGUUAUUUAUUUAUAUUCAAUGUAUGUAUUAAUGUAUCAGAGAAUGAGCGAUGUCUGCAAAUUAUGAAUUUAGGUCUGAGAGGGUGAAUUGUGUAUUACAAUCAUAAAACAGGUAGAUUUAUACCUUAAAGAACUGGGUCAUGUUCUCCACACCCCUCAGCUUGGGCUCUUAACAUUUACUGUAAGUGCUUUUGGGAAAAAUUUGCAACAUUUUGAUAAAACUGCUUUUCAAGUUUUUGUUAUUGUGUGAAAUUCUAAUUUGCAUUGCUUUUUCUCCUUACUGUGAAUUAGCACAAUAUUGGCUUCCUUAAGACUACACUUUAGAUUUACAUAAUAGGUCAUUAAGUUGUUAUUAAAUUAAUGGAAAACAUAUAAGAGAUGAUUGCAUAGACAAUUUUUAAAAUAACUACUAUAUCAACUUUUAAUAGUUUGUUAUGAAAGUGACCCUGGAAUGCAGUACAAAGCAGAAGCAGAUUGCCCCAAAUAACUUACUGGGAAAUAAUUUAUAGCAACUUAGGCUCUUAGCUCAUCGUAUAACUUUUCUUAUGAGACCCUCCCCAGGAUCCCUGAGCAAUGCCUUUGGACCUUCAGAGUAGAAGAGGCUUCCUCCACAUUGGUUUCUCAGCUGGUGAGAUUUGGUAGGAUUCAUAUUACCGAAGGAGCCAGUUAGUUUAUAGGGAAGAUUUAACUCUAGCCAAUAGCGUGAAUGCUUUCCAGUGAAACUUUGCUGAACUUGCAGAACUGAUCAAACAGAAGCUGUCUCCAGCAGGUGGCUGCAGACUGUAAAUGUAACUGCAAAGCUAGGGAUGGAGUGGUGGGCACUGGCCUUCACGUGCUGCCUUGGUCCCUCAGCAUUGCUUUGGCCAGGUAGUAGGGGAAGAACGGGGUGCUGGGUGGGGGUGUAUUUAUAUAUAAUUUAGGUUUUGUUUGUACAGCACUACUGUGUCUUGUUAGAGGACCUCCUUGUCCCGCUUUGCUUUUGAGGGUUUUUUACACAACAUGCAGAGACACUGAAGUGGCCGUGUCAUCUUCACGUGUCGAGAAUGUAGACAGUGUUUCAGAACCAAAGUCUCAGAUAAAUAAAGCAAACUAAAAUAGUGAAUUUUUUAUAGAUGAUAUAUUUGGAUUCUUCUCAACUUUGAAACCGUUUAGCAUAGUUCCAUGGUGUUACAUACAAACAAUGUCCACCAAGACUGGCUGCACAUCACAAAGCUUUCUGUACCUGCUGAAUUCAGCCAUGGUCGGCCAUGAUGGCUAUUCUGUAGCUCCAGGAUAUUUUUAAGCCUAUGAUUAAUUUCUCAUGUGCUGUAUGCAAAGCCACUUGUAAGGAGUCUCUGUAAAGAGAGUUAGCACCCUGGAAUAUAUUUGUAAGGGUUUUGAUUCAAUUGAUGGUGUAAGACCCCAUCCGAGGACUCUUGGGUGGCCAAGCAUGCAUAAUUCAGCAGAAACUAGAGAAGUAGGGGAGUGUAAAUGCUUGCAAGUAACAUGGUUACUGAUCAGCUAAACUCAUCAGCAGCCAAGCCUUUAGGCUGCUUAGAAUGGAAAUAGAGUAUUAACCCUGUGUUUCCCUACGUGUCAGUGAAAUCCUCUUGGAUAAGCCUCCUGAGAUGCAUUUAAAUGGUGUGAUGACUUGAUCUAGGACUACCCAAAUGAAUAGGGGGCAAAUCCCAUCGUCCCAAUGGCUACCUAGAAACUAGAGCAUGUUCACACUCUCCUUACCUGUGAGGUCUAAAGUGGGAAUUUCAGAAUGGAAAGUGCAAUUUAAAACUUCACGGGAAAGUAUUUGCAUAUAUAAGGAGUUAUUUUUGACCAGAGCCCUAGUUUUGAGAUACCCAAAACCAGGGGAUAACAAUCAGGCUCUGGGGAAAUAAGCAGGCUUUAGACAAUCCAUGCAGCAAAACUGAAGUGAAUGUGUCUAUCUACGGAGUUGAAUAGAAGUGACUUGACUUUCUGGGCUCUCCCAGAAUUGUCUUAAAAUUAUUUUUUUUAAUUUUGAAGCCCCAUUUCAAAUCUUUCCAAAUUUAGUUCAAAACCCUUUAACAGAUCUCUUUUAAAAUUGAUUAUGCAUUAAAUGACAAAUCUAUUAAAAGAAAAGAUCCAAAAGAAGGAGAGAAUCCUAUUGCCUUGGCAUUUUCCAACACUAAUAUAAAAAUCAUAUUCCUAUGAUGACGUAUUUUCAAAGAAACACUUUCUUAUUUACUGCGUGGUGUAAAGUGUCAAAUGUGUUGUUACAUUAUGUCACUGCUGAAAGUUAUUUGCACUAUAAUAAAGGAAUUUUCUACAAGAUGGC